AUGUUCCCACAAAGAAAUCCCAAGCCCAGUACUGAAGAAGCUCACAGGUGUCUUCGUUUGGCAAUCGAAGUGGCUCAUCAAGCCAAAUUGAAGGGACGUCAUCCGUUUGGAUGUGUGCUGGUAGGACCAUCUGGCGAAGUGUUGUUAGAGCAAGGUAACAUCGACACUUUAAAUCACGCUGAGAGCACGAUUUGCCGCACGGCUUGGAAAAAGUAUGAGACAUCUUUCCUUUGGAGAUGCACCCUUUAUACCAACUUCGAGCCGUGUUGUAUGUGCGCAGGGUCGUGCUAUUGGGCGAACGUUGGAAGAGUAGUCUAUGGGCUCGAGGAGAGUGCUCUACUGGAAUUGACUGGCGACGACUCCGAAAAUAUGACAAUGAAUAUGCCAAGCCGCAAGGUCUUUGAUAGUGGCCAGAAGGCGAUAGAGGUUUUGGGUCCCUAUGAGGAGCUGAGGGCUGAAAUAUUGGAGGAUCACCGUUCUUUCUGGAAGCAAUGA